AUGCGAUUCCGUUUACGAAAGCAGUUGUUUAUAAAGCGUAAUAAAGUAUGCGAUUAUUCGCUUACUUUAGCGUUAAUUGGUUUAAUCCUUAUUGUUAUUGACUCCGAGUUAACUGCAAAUCCACAUACAGAAAUAAUUUUUAAGGAUCAUUUCGUAUCGUUGAUGCUUCGAUCGUUAUGCGCACUAAGUACAGUGAUCUUAAUUGGAAGUCUUGUAUUCUAUCACGCUAUUGAGAUAAAAAUAGCUUUAAUUGACAGUGGUGCAGAUGACUGGCGAAUAGCAUUUACAACAGAACGUAUGACAAAGUUGAUUAUUGAAAUUGCCAUCUGCGUUAUAUGUCCUGUACCUGGUACCGGAACAAUGCGUUGGCCUUUCAUUCAUGCAGAUACACGGCGUAUAUCGCAUGCCGACGUACCAAUCGAUGUGCUGUUAUCUGUACCGAUGUUUCUUCGAUUGUAUCUUCUAUGCAGAUUUAUGGUGCUUCACAGCAAACAGUUUCAGGAUGCAGCAACACGGUCCAUAGCAGCAUUAAACAGAAUUUCUAUGGAUUUCCGUUUUGUCAUUAAAACAAUGAUGGCUGAUCAUCCAUUGCGGGUUUUAGUUGUAUUUACUGUAGCAUUUUGGAUCUGCAUGGCCUGGAUUUUUACACAAUGCGAACGGUCAGUAAAUCUACUUUUUUUUUUGCUUUUGAGACAACUGUCUGUCAUUUUUUUAAAUUAUAUCUCUACUGUAUACUAUAAAGUUUAA